AUGGCUCAGCAACAUCCUGAUCAAGCGCAGCCCCCCGCGACUCUCACAAAUCCUCGGUUUACGCUUGAGCUUGAAUUCGUAUCCUCCCUCGCGAACCCAUACUAUCUCUCCCACCUGGCGGUAACCUACCCUAACCUGCUAGGGAUUUCCAAAUCCGGUAACGAUAGCGAUGUGAACGACGACAGUUCCGACCCAGAGGCCGAGGCGUUCGCAGCCUACCUUGCCUACCUUUACUCUUACUGGAAGACGCCUGAAUAUUCCCAAUUCCUAACGCAUCCCGGUGCCACAUUACGAGCGCUCCGACUUCUCCAGGAGGAAACAUUUCGUCGUGAUAUCAUUCGUCCACAGGUGAUUGAGGGUUUGGCGGGGAUGGACGUCAACGGCGAACAAAGCGGCCCAGCAGAGUCCGGAGACCAAGAUGGCCAACCCAAAAAAACCGACCAGGGUGUUUAG